AUGCUGCUUUCACCCUUUGUCUCUUGGCUCUCACUAGGUUGGCUGGCCAUCGAACAUGACUUUGGAAUAUUCCUGGAUUCUCGACUUUCCCACGUGGGGUGUGGCAUCGCCGGCCCGAAGGAUGUGCUUCCCGCUGCUAACACACCCACGCAAAUAUUGGGGAAAUUAUCGUGGUGGUUCAGCGUCAAGCAGGAAGGACCCUCAGAUCUCCUGCAGAGGCAUUCAUCCUUUUUACCCGGAGUGAACCUCUCCCAGCUCGAUCGCGUCAUGUGCAAACCCGCUGGAGAACUAUCAUUUGUCUCAUUGCACCAGAUGGGCAUACUGGCCGCGCAAGUCAGACGGAGCAACAGCAGCAGUGCCGUGGCCAUGUCUGGCAAACUGACUUGGCGCUCGGAGGGUGCUCCGAGAAUUCCUGUGCCUGGGCUAGCGCGAGGGGGAGAAAGUGGGCAUCCCGCCUGCGCCGUAGGCUCAUUUCCAAGAUUUCUUUUUUGGCGCGUGUGA